GGUCGACACGUAUCCCAAGUGAGCCGAGUAGACCGCCGACUAGAAGCAGUGAUAGCUGCAAUACUUUGACGGGAAGAUAUCGUCCUGAACAUACAGCAAGCCAGCCAAGUCGCUUAGCCAGCGACGAGAGUGCACCUCAAGACGAGGAACUGAGCAUGCAGAGCGUU